AUGACGGUCCACAAUCUGACACCCUCCUCGGACCAAGACUCUGACAUUGCUGACUCCAUGCAACCUACCAUUCUAGAAGAAGCUCAAGACUUCAUCAUGUCUUCUGACUGUGAAGCUCCGGAUGUUUACAGCCCACCACCUCAUAUAGCUGCAAGAAUCUAUAAAUCACGCAACUACCAUCGAAGAUCUUCCGCUGCCUCCUCUCGUCGCAACUCCAUUACUUCUCACCAUUCGAGCAGGUCCGGCAGAUCAACCCACGGAGGCCCUCAAAGCUCCCAUAUCGCGCAGCACCUACGCAGAGCCUCGAUCAUUGAGAGCAGAAAGGCUAAGGCUGCAGAUCGCAAUGCGCAUGCCGAGAAAGUACGCCUUCGAGCUGCUUUGAACAAAGCUGCGUCUAGGGCUACUACAGAUAGUGAAGAGAAAGCGCUCGCUGCUCAGCAAGCACGAGAGAAGUUUCUCGCGAAAGUAAAAGCGAACUGCGCUGCCGAGGUUCAGCGGUCGAAGAAGGUUGCAGAAGAGCAACGGGAAAGACGUGCUGCGGAACAUCUAAAGUUGAAGGAAGAUCUGCAAGAGAGACAGGUACAGGCCGAGAGAAGGAAAGCUUUGCUUGAGCAAAGCCAGCGACGACCAAGGACAGCAACCCAAUCGGGGGCUGACGGACAGAGGGCGACCAGAAGGGGCUAUAUAUGGAAGCCGCGGAACGAUCUUGAAGCUGCUAAGAUCUUGCAACGUGCUUGGAGACGGAGGGCUCAACGUCUGAGCAUUGAGAGCUUUAUUCGACUUGGUUUGACUGUCGAAGCCGCGCAGAACAUGAGUUUUGAGGAUCUCGGAAGUCGUGUAAAUGAUGAGGAGGUGACUCAGUCCGCCACUCAGCUUCUCCGAACGUUCGGUCUUCUUGAUGGAGCAAAUGAGAGCACAGAAGUACAAGCAGCAGUAAGGACGUUCUUGAGCUGCUUUCUGAUCCUGGGACACCCGGGCAAUGUCUUUAGCAAAGAGGAUGAGCAGGAAAAGCAACUCUCCGCAAAAGCACAGGAGCUCCUGUUGCGCUUGAAUCAGCUGAUUGACUCCUUUCUCGACAUUAAUGCCGCAGAAGACAAUAUCUUUCCUCUUGUCUCCGAGGCUUAUGCUUCGUUCAAGGCUGCCUUUGCGGCGUGGCGAUCGAACGACUCUGCCUUCAUGAUCAAGCACAUGGUGGCUCAAUUUGUCGAGUUAGAUGCAAUAUGGCAGAGCGUGAAGGACGAUGCAGAGGGGGAAGUCGCCGCGGACUACAAAGAAGGAAUUCGUAAUAACCAGACUUUAGUGCUCUCCCGACUGAAGAAACUUGCUGGACCUGAACCGGCAAUGAAGCUAAUAAGAGAUGCUAUCCGGCGGAGUCGCAAAGCCAAAGCUAAGAAAGAUACUGGAGUUAACAGCAAACCACGCAUGGCUUCCGAGGCAAGGAAUGCCUCUAGCAUACCCUUGGCCACAGUAGAUUCAGCCCCUGCUGGCAGCGGUUUGACAUCGUCACCAUCUGAUAAUAGGCAUGCUGCCAAGGAGCUGCUUCAAUCAUCGUCCUCGUUAGUUCCAGAAAGUCGACUUGUGAUGCAUGAGUUAGCGAUCAACAGAGAGUGGAAGAUUGAUGUAGAUAAGCGAGAAGGAAGGCGGGAUGAGAUGAUUGAAGCUACUACCACAAAGCUUCAACAAGGCCUUGACGCCGAAACUUUCGAUCGUACUGCCCCCGAAAAACCGACUUUCACCACUAUCAAGGAAGUGCUCGAUCCUCAAAUGGUCGCUCAGCAAGUCAAAAAUGGUACAUUCGCGUACCAGAACUUCUUUAAUUUCAUGAAUUCUAUUCUUCCCAAACUCUGCGCACCGGUUAGGGACGAGGAAGUGAAGUCGUUGGCUACGCACCCCAGCGACGACCCGGUGAAGCAAUUAGCGAGAAUAUAUUUCGUCAUUGAAGUUUUGGUGUUGGAUGUCCUGAAUUUUCAAAUCGCAAGUGUUGCGCCCAACCUACUCAAAGAGUCUGCCGGAUACGAAACAGAAGCCUUCAAAAAGUCUCUUGACGGGAGAAGCCCGGAGAAGACAUUCCAAUGGUGGCAACAAUCUAGCACUUACGCCCACGAGGAAGCCUCGAAGCGUCACCAAGACCCAGCUCAGUCCAUCUCGUUACGUAACACUCCCCACAAAAUCUAUAUGCAAGGUCUCACCAAUCUCGCCAUCUCCGUCGAGCAUCUAAACGAUUCCACACUUCCUGAGACCCUCGAACUCGAUGCUCCUCGGCUCACCCGCAUCCGCUCCGACCUUUUACGCCUCAUUACCACCGCCUCAAUCCUUUUAAACGCAAAGAACCUCCUCCGCCGCGACACACGCUCUCUCUGGAAAGCUGAAGCGGCUAGAAUGUGGGAACUUCCCUUCACUAGCUCAACCACCUCAUUUGUAUCAAUCGUGGAGUCCCGGUAUGCGUUGCCUCCGACGACGAAAACGCAGCUCACAAGCUUCGUGACGAGGGUCUUGGGGGAGGCGAAGGAGGGAAGGGCAAACCAUCCCGUGAUGAAGGUGCUUUUAGCGAAAAUUAAGGGACACGUGCUCGCCAGAUUGGGGGCGCAGAGUGCAGAGGAGAGGAACAAGUCCGCCGGUUCUGCGAAUGAGGUUCUAGGUAGCGCUGGGAUGGUUGAAUUUGUGGGGCGUAUUGGCGACAUUGUGCAGGAAUUGGGGAGAGUGGCGGAUGUAGAUCGAGAGGCGCAUGCAAGGUGGUAUGAUGGGAUUAUUGAGAGAAUGGGAAGAGAGAGGGAGGAGGUCAACGACUGA